UUCAGCAGCUUUUGGUGGAUAAGCAGCGUCGCGGGUUUGUCUCGCUGGACCCUAGCGGGGUUUCUUCAUAGCCAUACGUCAGGAGUCCGCGGCACGAUGGGAAACUGCGACGACCUGUCAUCGUCUCCAAACAGAGCUGGCUAUGUCAGCUGGAGCAUGGACUCUGGAGAGUCCUGGCGACCUUCAACUGGACCUGCACCAGGCACAGGAGAAAAAGAGGCCUUUUCUAACCAGAGCCAGGAGCCGACCAGUUCAGUUCGCGUCGCAUCUCUGGUUCGGUCAACACAAGAACCCAGUGGAGAAGAAACAAAUACUGUGUUUGAUCUUCCGUAUCCACGAAAACAACUCACAAGGAGGAAAUGCACCAAAAUCUCCAAAAAUUCCAGACAAAUCCCAGAGAACAGCAAACUCAGAGACCACGAUAGGAACUCCAAACUUCUACAAGACGCUAUGGCAAACAAGGAGGAACCUUCCCAUUGCAAGGAUGAAAAAGUUCCCCUACACAGGAGCAGUCCAGUCAUCUCCAGGCGCAGCAAGCCCAUCUCCUGGCAGAAAAAGGCAGCCAGUCCGUCUAAUUCAUUAAGCAUGGACUCCUCCCCUUGUUCUCCCAGUUCAUGUGACCAGCAUGAGUGUGUGACAUCUACCGGUAAGGAGGACGUGGAGCCCCGGCUGACUUCCUGUCACCAAUCGUUCGAAACCAUGGUGGAGGAUAAGAAGCCGCGUGUUCCUCUAUCGUCGAGCUCCAUCAGCAUCCUGCAGAGCCAGGACCGAUCCAGCAGAAGCCCUCAGCGAUCUGAGAAGGAGCACAGAGGAUGGAGCCUAAACAGCUGGAGCACCCCCAAAAGGACAGGCCAUUCCUCCUCAACGUCUCACAACAAAGACAGAAGCUGCUCUGAACUCCUGGAUUUACCUCCGGACAUCUUUAAGGCUAGCUGUGAGCUGGAAAAGGAGAACGCUCACUUUGUCGUGGUGGACAUGACGCUGGAGGUCCUGGAAGGCGUCAAAUGGACCCUGAGCUUCGACUCCAUGACGUACAAACACUGCACCGCGUGCGCGACCGGGCAGCCGGGCUACGAGGGGCGCGAACCGGCGCGCGCACACGGUUCCGACGGGUCCAGCGGCUGGAACCGCAGGAUUCUACGGUGCGACGCGAGGACUGACUGGGGCGCAGAACCACAGGAACCACAGGCUGGUCACAGUGAACACCAAACUAAGAGUCCGUCAAUCCUUUCUACUGACAGCGGGUUUGAAGACUGUGGGGUCGGCACAAUGCCACCAGAUUUGGUCAGAAACAGUGCAGAGUGCCUGGCCCAGCAGCUGGUGCUGGAGUUCAAAAGGAAGUGGCUUCCUUCCCACGUGCAUCGGCGAGGACGGCAAAGUCUCCGUAGUUCACUGCAAGAGUUACCUGGUACUGGGGGAGUGGAGGUGAAGACUCGGAGUUUAACGGAGGAGAUCCGACUCAGGACCAGGAUGAGAGGAUCCCUUAACUGGGCACCACCGAGUUUCCAGAUCAUUUUCUCUGUCCAGCCACCACACAGACGGAGUGAGGUGGUAGCCUCACAACACUACCUGUGUGCGGGCUGUGGGACAGAGGUGGAGCCCAGAUACAUCAAGAAGCUGCGGCACUGUGAAUAUCUGGGGAGAUAUUUCUGUGACUGCUGCCACAGUGGGUCAGAGGCAAUUAUUCCGGGUCGAGUUCUGUCCAACUGGGACUUUAGCAGGUACUCUGUGAGCGACUUCUCCAAGCAGCUGCUGGACUCGGUCUGGUCUCAGCCUCUGUUUGACCUCAGCUCUGUGGGAAAGGCUCUGUGGAGCAAAGUGAAAGACCUGGACAGGUUCAGGGAGCUGAGGGAGCAGCUGGUCGGAAUCAGGAAGCUGCUGAGAGCCUGCAGAUUAUCUGAAAGGGCGUUGGCCGAGUUUGAUCCACUUCCUGCUCACCUGCUGGACGAGCCUCUGCUCUUCUCCAUGGAGGACCUCUAUAGAGCGAAGAAGGGUCAGCUGGUGGCGCAGGCCCGAGCGCUGCUCAACUCCGCUCUGGAGCAUGUCGACAACUGUGAGCUGUGCAGGGGCCGAGGCUUCAUCUGCGAGUUCUGUCGAGCGAAGGACAUCAUCUUUCCUUUUCAGAAAGACAAAUGCCAGCGAUGUCCAGUGUGCAAGGCCUGCUUUCACAAAGACUGUUUCCUGGGGAAAAGGUGUCCGAAAUGCACACGGAUCCAGUCCCGAACAAAAGUCCAGAUGAAGUCAUGAAGUGUGACACGAACAGAACCACUACACCUCCCUGGAAUGUUGAGUUUAAUGUUUUCUGGCUGCUCUAUAAAAGAGCCAAUUUAUCCCAAGACUUGCUACAAAGCGAAGCUGGUCCCUUUAACAGAGUGCAGUGGAACGUCUGCAGCGUUGGAUUGUGGUCCGACUGUGUCCCGAUAGCCUUUGGUUUUUCGCCCCCGGGGUAUCAUUUGUCUGAUGAAGAAGAGCGCCACAUCCUCCAAGUCAUGAUGUCAUGACAUCAGCAGGUUCAUCAUCAGGAAAUGAAAUGCCUUCACAGUUCAUUAAAGUAGGUUUAGGUUGGAUUUUUUUUUAUUUACAGUAACUGACUGAAGAUGUGUGGAGAAAAAAACCCUGAGAUUCCCUGGAAUGUUGCCCUAAUCCGGUGCUGUCGCCUUUAUCAGUGUUACACUUUGAAACAUUGCAUUUAAAAAUGUUUUUACAGCUACAAUUUGUUCUCUUUUGAAAUACUAAUGUUUAUUUAUUUACCCUAAAACGAACGAGUUCCUUCUUCUAAACU